GCCAAGCCUGUCAAAGGAAGCUGUCGGGAGGAAGCAUAGAAGGCGACCCAGGCCCAAGGCCAGGGCCAGGAUCAUUCAUUGAAUUUGAAUGGCGUCUGAGGAGCUUCCCCAUUUCUUUGAAGACUUCUUUGCAGAGUCCCCCUCUUUGCCUAGAGCCUGCAAAGCUUGCGAACGGCCAACAUCAACCUGCCUCUGUGAUGCCUUGCCGAAGGAGCCAUUGGUCACAAAAACAAGGGUGGUCGUCCUGCAGCACCCCAUGGAGGCCGCCAAGCGCCUGUCCACUGUGCCCCUCCUGUCCAAAGUGCUCCUUCAAACAGAAACGUUUCUCGGAAGAAGGUUUCGUGUGGGGUCUGAUCCAAUGCUCCAUGCUAGACUCCGGGGCGCCGGCGCUGAGUAUCUUAGUGCUCCCCAUGGAUUGCUUGAAGAUGGAGAGAACCCCUUAGGCAGUCCGUCAGCAGCUUCCGAAAAUGGAAAUUGUAGUAGAUCUUCGUUAUGUGGGGGGCUGAGAUGUCUGGAUCCUGGAGAGGGGAUGGAUGGUUCAGGGCUCGGCAGGGGACAGCAGAGGCUGGUGCUACUUCUUUUCCCUGGGCCUAAUGCGAAGGACUUGAGCCAACUCGCGCAGGAGGUGCCGGGGUUUCGAUCCCUCGAAAAGACGCUAGUGGUGAUCGAUGGAACCUGGCAGCACGCUCGCGAGAUGUUUCGUUCGUUGGAGCCUCACCUCCCAGGCUCGGUAACCCAAGUACAAUUGCCAUCCGCCCUCGAAAACUCAUCUGAACCGCUGAUGAAGUGUCCUGGGGGCCUGCUCAUGCGGAAGGAGCCGAAAGCAGGGUUCGUCAGCACUUCAGAGGCGGUCGCUCGAGCGCUCUUCUUCUGCGAACCGGACGGCGCGUGCGUCCGAGACGCGAUCUUAGCCCCCCUGAAAAAGAUGGUGGCGUUCCAAGCAGCGCGCAACCCUGCCAUGGCAGCCAAGCAGGCGGUGUUCGAGGGGGGGUGAACCGUUCUGGGGGGGAAGCUGGCCUUCAAUUGAAUCGUACCCAACUUUGGGGGGAAAAAGGCGAUCCGCAUUCAGUUCCUGAACGAAAGGGCGAGCGUGUUGUGACUGACCUUCAGUCUCACACGGACACGGUCAGGAGGUGAUGGGUUAGUCAGGCGCCGAAACUGCGCCUCAUGAACUGGAAGCGAGAAGUAGAGGGAUGCUCGUCGGGGGACGUCUCCCAAGUCGCGCUUGGCUUUCUACGUACCGACGGUGCCUUCGUCGCUUGGACUGGCGAGUCUACAGAAAAGUGGUGUAAGUGCGCUGAGGAGCGGACAGAGUCGGAUUCUGAACGCCAAGAGGCCACAGCACGAUGAAGCCUCUUGAAAGGCGGACCGCAUGCAACAAGAUAAGCGAGCAGGUCCUUGCGGCUUUCCAGGGCGCCCCGGCUUUACUUGCUGAGUAGCGUAAUCCCCUUUUCUGCAGAAACGUCGCGAGAAACGGCGCCAAGAGCUGCAGCUGAUGUGCAUGUGACCCAGCACCGCUUACUCCAGCAGCGGCCAGGAUCUGGGCCCUGGUAGCAAGACCUAUCACUUGUGGUCUUCAUGGGAGCGAAAUAGGUUCAAAGCCCUUGCGUUACUGCCUGGGCAAUAUGCUUGACGUGCAUCGCUUCAAUACCGCUGUGCCCUUUCAUACAUGCCAAUGAUAGGUGUCAAUAUACAUAUGGUUGGGC